CCCAGCUACAGCAUUCUUCUUUUCAUGAAUACCAAAGGACUGGUUUCGCUUUUCUGAACAGACAUGCAAAACAGACAGGCACACACACACACACGCCUACACACACAUACGCAGUCUGUCUCUGCCUCAGUCGUGCACACACACGUUAAAAUAACACUCCACCCCAGUGCGCUCAGCUGCCAGCUGUUUCUGGUCGGGCAGCCGGGCCUGCGGUGAAGAGGAGCAGGCAGGCCACAGUCAUGGAGCGGCAGCUGGAGCUCGCAGCCCUGGGUCUGGCCCUCGCAGGGUGGCUUUGUGCCAUUCUGACACGCUGUUUGGCCCUGUGGAGGGUGAGCGGCACCUUGGACAACACCACGGCUACUCUGCCGGCCUACUGGGACGGGGUGUGGCUGGAAUGGGAUCACUGGGACUUGGCCCACGAUGGCAGCCUGCACUGCUCCUUCUACCAAUCUCUCCUGUCUCUUUCUGGAAGUUUUCGGACAUGGAGAGCCCUCAUCAUGGCGGCCAUCGGAGCUGGGGCUUUUGCGGCGGUGAUUGGUGCAGUGGGGUCAGUGUGGUUCCCUAAGCGUGGCCAGAUCAAAGUGUUUUCUGGUAGUCUCUUUGUUUUGUCUGGGAUCCUACUGCUGGUGCCCACAGCAUGGACAUGCCAUCACAGCAGUCAGCCACUGGAGGGUGUCGUGCUCCUGAGGAGAGAUUGGGGACCUGCACUCUACCUUGGAUGGAUCUCCUUUGCUUUGAUGCUGGCCGGAGGGGUGUUUCUCACCACCCGAUAUCCCACUAGUGAGAGGCAACCGCAGCAGCCCGAAGAGAGCAGGUACCCAAAUCUAGAGGGUGAUCACCCACUGAGCAGGAUCAACAGGACUACUUUCACACACAGCCAGUAUGGGCGCAGAUCAGAGCCUAUCUGAGGGGGACUGUGCUGUAAUAUUUAGUGCU